AUGUCCGUAUUUACCUGUAACUCAUGUAUGUUGGAGUUUCAAUCGGGCCUUGAUCAAAGGACCCAUAUGAAAUCUGAUUGGCAUAGGUAUAACUUGAAAAGACGUGUUGCAAAUUUACCGCCUAUCGAUGAACUCACUUUCAGUUCGAAAGUACAAACCGCCUCUACACAAAAUUCCACAUCCUCUGAUAGAAACAAAACUUCUAAAAAAUCAAAGAGAGAAGCCCUUUUAGAGAAGAAAAAACAAUUAUUGGAAUUACAGAGACAACGUAAUUCACUGGCAAGUGCAGCUGCUGGAAUUAGCGCUACACAAUUGGAAGAUACCGCUAAGACCACUAACGAAAAGACUGAAGAGAUAGAACCAAAGGUAGUAGAGGAAGAAGAGUCGCAAGAACAACUAGCUGAACGUUUGAUGAAAAUUAAGUUGGCAAAUAAAGUGGAUAUUCCAUUAGAAACAUGCUUAUUUUGUCAACCUAGUAAGCCAUUUGAAUCAUUUGAUAAAUGUCUAGAUCAUAUGUUUAGAAACCACGGUUUUUACAUUCCUGAACAAAAAUAUUUACAAGAUAAAGAAGGUUUAGUUCACUAUUUAUCCGAAAAAAUUGGGUUGGGUAAUGUUUGUAUUGUUUGUAAUUACCAAGGUAGAACCUUGGAAGCUACCAGACAACACAUGCUAGCAAAAAGACAUUGCAAAAUCCCUUAUGAAAAUGAAGAUGAAAAAUUAGAAAUUUCUGAAUUUUAUGAUUUCUCAGAAACCUAUGCUAAGCCAGUUGUUAUUUCAGAAGCCGAUAUUAAGGAAGCUGAUAAUGAUGAUUGGGAAGAUGUUGAUUCUGAUGAAAAUUCUGACGAUGAAGAAGCUCCUACUGAAUACUUAUAUCAUGACGGUAUGGAAUUACAUUUGCCAAAUGGGUAUAAAAUUGGUCACCGUUCAUUACAACGUUAUUAUAAACAAAACUUGAGACCAGAGCGUGUAUUAACAGAAGGCCAAGGUACUUUAGUGGCUGCUGAAACAAGAUCUUUCCUCACUCCAAUAGAUAAAAGAUCAGUCGUUGCUCAACAAAGAGCUUGGAAAUCCGAAGUCCAUGACAAAAAGAGGGAUGAUAAGAGGGCUGCUAAAUUUGUUAAUAAUCAACCUCAUUAUAGAGACCAAUUGUUACAAUGA